UGUUCCACAAUGACAGGCUUCACUGCGAUUCUUUUUGCUACAGCUGUGACUACACUGCACAUCACAGUUGUGGCUGGAGAUGACAUAAUCAAUGGGAAAAAAGCUUUAAAAAAUUCCUUGCAAUACAUGGUCUCAGUGCAGAAAAAUAAAAAACAUCUAUGUGGAGGAUUUCUGAUACAUCCUCAAUAUGUGCUCACAGCUGCACACUGUGCAAGUGAAGAGAUGACAGUCGUUGUUGGCGACCAUAAUAUUUCUCCAAGCAAAAAUCUAAAAAGAUUUGAUGUUGUUCGCCAAUUUAUACCAAAAACAUUUAAAAACUUUAAGAUGGGAGAUGACAUCAUGCUUCUUAAGAUUUCCAGGAAAGUAGUUUUGGGAGGAAAGCUGAAGACGGGGAAAAUCCCACAUCAACAUUACAGUGUUAAAAGCAAUACCCAGUGCUUGGUUGCUGGAUGGGGUUCCACUAAACAGCGUGAAUUUGUUAAUGACCUUUUGGCCUUGAAUGUAACAACUGUUGACAUCCGGGACUGCAAGGAAGCAUGGAAGAAAUACAAAGAAAACAUCACACAACUUCCACCAAACGUCAUCUGUGCUGGAGGAUAUAAACAGAACAGUGGAGUGUGCUUGGGUGAUUCUGGAGGCCCGUUGGUGUGUAAUUCAGUGGCAGUGGGCAUUGUUUCCUUCAACAUAAAGAAGUGUAAAUAUCCUGAUGUACCGAAUAUCUACACUGAAGUUUGGAAACAUGCACGUUGGAUCAAAGCAAUGAUGAAGAAAAAAGAAACUUAAGAUUUCUGUGUCCACAGCACUUGCAACUUAUGCUUAAUCAUACAAU